AUGCGCGUCGAGGACUUCCUCGCGGACGCCGACAAAGCGUUCGGACGCUCGAUGUACAGCUCAGAGCCCUCUGAAGCUUCCUACACGUCCUCGCGCGGUGAGAGUGCAUUCAACCGCGCAGAGGAAGAUUCUCUCCCGUCCGCCCGCUCUCAUCGCUCGCGCGAUCCCUCGGCGUACGCGCGCAACGCCCGGGAUCCUCCAGUGACGACGCGACGAGUCAAGACGAGCGAGCGGUCAGACGAGAGCGCGUGGGUAACCAUGCGCUCGGUGGCGCAGGCGCUCGCGAGCAACCGGGCCGCGAGCGCGGCGCAACGGCGAAGGUUCUGCGACGUCUUACGAGAGCGAGCGACGAGCGUAAGAGGGGUGUAUGAGAUCGCGCGCGCGCCCGGGGCGGUGAGCGCGCUGAAGCGGUUGACGGGAGACGCGGACGCGGACGCGAGGCGAGGCGCGUGUGAGGCAACGAGGGCGUUGGCGAAGACAGAACUCGGCGCGUCGUUAUUAUGCAGUUCGGACGAGGAGCUUAGAGAGGCGUGGGGUGUGAUUCGGUUGUGGGAGUGGCACAUGGCGCUAGCGCGAGUGCGAUGUACGUUCGGAUUGAGGGCGUACGCGAAGUGUCGAGUCGCUUUUGUGGCGUCGACGGCGCUCCCAAUGAAGGCUUCGGGUGAGGUGGUUGACAAAUAUUUAUCGAGGCAGACGUUUUUCCCCUUGCAAUCGAACACGGCGCCGACAUUUUCGCGCGACGUGUCCAUCUUGGCCGCGAUCGCCAGGACUUUGAGUCGAAGUGAAGAGGAUCCGGAUAUUUUGUUGUCGGCGCUCGGAGCGCUCGACGAGAUCCUGUCGACCAUCAACUGUUCAGUCGAAGGCAUACCGUUGGCCGACAACGCGAUGAACGCCGCCGCGCGGCAAUUGGCGAAGUCCACGAUCACAAGUUUGGCCGCGAUCGAUCCCGUCGACGCGUUCACGCAAUCGGAAUGGACCUCGGCGGUUCGACGCCCCGGAUUACGAACACGACUCGCCAAGUUGGUAUCUCGUUGGAUUUGUGGAACACCAACCUCAAACGCAGACGGUGAGGAGCAGUCCGAUUCUGAGGACGACGAGGGUGAAGGAGGUGAAGAUACCAAGGAAAAAAUCUCGUCUCGAGGCGGUAUGGCGCACGCAUCCGUGCUCGAUGACGCAUUGUAUAGCCAUCUGCUUGCGCUCUCAGUGCACGAGUCAGACGCCAACAUUCGAGAGAAAGCAAAUCGCAUCCUGUACGAUGCUACGCUGACCUGCGAGAACAAAUCAAUCGGUAAGAAGGUGUACGAAGCUCUCAUCGGAAAUGACAACCUCGCGCGCGCGAGCGCACUGUCUUGGAUGGCAUACUUGUUCGUGCAGCACGUGCGAACGGUUCGCGCGUUCGUCACGAUACACGACAAAGAAAAAUGGCUUCUGACAAAGACGACCAAGUACCUGCUAUCGGACGAGGUGUUGCGGUCGGCGGCAAAGGGUCUUUCGGAAAACUCAGAAUCGAUUCGGCUGGGCGCGACGCGGAUGCUUCGCGCCGCGUGGGACGCUAUUUCAGCGACGCCGACAGCAGCACCGAUUAUGGAUCAAGAAGAAGAACGAGAACAGCCAAUUGCGGACAACGAACCGAUUCUCGUUGAUGAGAGGUUUACGUUUAGGAGCCGUGAGAGGUGGCAUAUAUUCGUGAAUAAUGGCAUCAUCGACGCGUUGUGCAAUAUGCAACGCAGUCGAGCGCCAGGGGCGGCACAUCUCGCUGACAUGACUCUUGAUCAUUUUUACAAGACGGAGCAAGCCGCGCUCAAGUUCCUCUUGGCGCGCGAGGCACCGAAGACCGAGGAGGAGAAACGCGAAGCGAUGAGACGUAGGAUAGAAGAACACAAGGAUGACUUCAAGGGGAAAAGCUCGCUCGCCAUUGUCAAGACGGCCACUGACGAGGUAGGUGAGAAAUCAGACAAGUCUUCUCCAAAGGUUGUCGGCGACGAUGUCACGCCGCAGCGCGCGCGGUGGCACGAGCACAGAUCGAAGCACAAACCAAUCAUAUCAAAGUUUACCGACGUUGACAACAUCGAGGGCGAUGAUCUCCAACGCGACGGAUGGCGCGCCAAGGUGGAAGAUUACAUAUUAGCUGGCGGCGCCGGAGGAAGAAAAACCGUCGACGGUGAGCAGCGUCGAGGCCCGUACGAGCGCGCGGUUCUGCGCGAAAGCAAGAUCGGGAUCGGCGCCAAGGGCUCAAAACUCCCGAGUAUAUGGUGUCCGGACGCCGGGGUUGGCCCUUACGUGGAAAACGUAGAUUCGACGCCGAAGAAGUCGAGCGCGCGAGUGUUCACGCGCCCGUCCGAGCGACGCAACAUGUCAUGA